CUUUAUCGAAGGGUAUCGAAUUAGUCUGAUGCAUUUGUAUCUAGAAAAUCUAAUGUCCCUGAUGAUGGUGGUGUGAGCGUCCUCUAGUAGAUAUCACAGUCUAUAACCAAGGUAGUCGAGGACAGCAACCAUCAUCAAAUAAAGAAAGUCUAUAGAACAAGCCGGUGAUUGAGUGAACGGCGGCCAUGUCUGAAGCGUCUUGUCCUCUCACAUGUAUAUUGCUGGUGGUUGGAGUAGGGGUCCUGCUACUGGUCAUCCUCCUGCCGAUGAGUUUUAGUGGGAUUGAGUAUUACGAGUACGGCUUCAAACGACAGAAGAGCACAGGAACGGUCAAUCUGGACGAAGUAUACAGUUCUGGUAAACAUUUCGUUGGACCUGACUAUGAGUUCAAGAUAUUCCAAGCCGACGCCCACUUUGAGACGCUUAGCAGAAUACGAGCUUUUACCUCCGACGGCCUUGAGGUUCAAGUGACGGUGAAUUUCCAGUACUACUUGCGUAAGGAUGAUUUACCUGCGUUGCACCGAGCCUACGACAUUUAUUACAAGGAUGUGAUGCGGUCUAGUGCCAUCGACGCUCUCAAGGGGGCAGUGCCUGUGUUUACAACUAGGGAAAUGUUCUCAGAUCGUCGAAUAGUCGAAGAAGCCAUGUACAAGGCAGUCCGAGAGAGGUUGGGAGGAAUCUGUUGUCAGAAGAAAUGUGACUGGAAAUAUGCCUGCCCUGAUAGCUGUAAGGCUCGCGGGAUCUGUCUAGAAGAUGAUAUUGGACUGUUCGCCAAUGUUAAGUACUUCCAGAUGGGGCAGGUUUACAUUCCUGGUGAUGUGAAGGAGAGAUUGCUACGCUCUCUUACACUGCAGGAAGAUGCAGAGAAGGAAAAACUCCUUCAGGACGCACAAGUGGAACGUAAAAUUACAGCAUCUAAGGUUCAGACAAGAAGGAAUGAGGCAUCCGAGAUCAGACAGGAAGCUGAGGCUACCUCCGCAAGGAUUCGGCUAACAUCCCGUGCCAACUACACUGCCAUUGUGGAAACCUCGAGGAGUCGAGGUCUGACAAGUCUGUACACACGUCUAGGAAUCACGGAUCAGAAGAUUAAGAAUAGUUUUGACUACCUCCGUACCCUCCGCGGCCUCGACAACGUCUUCCUCUCUGUAGAUUUUGAUCAGAACAUCAUGGGAUCAUUUGGAAAAAUCUAAGCUGUGUUAUUGUUUUAGUGGGCGAGUGUGAUAAUCAACUAUUUACUAUAGUCUAGCUGUUCCAUCUAACGUGAAUACAUAUGAAGAUAAAGAAUAACGAAUCACUGCCUGCUUCCAAAUGACGACGCAUUCGCAAUUGUCUAGUGUUUGAGUCAGUCGACUAGACAUGGCCGUGUAACAUCUUAUGACCAAAGAGAGUUCAGUCCUUCUUUAAUAAGACCAUGAUCACCAUAGUAAUAGAUUUUGAUCGGACUCGCUCACAUACAUGUACAGCAUAUGUGUAUUAAGGAAAGUUUAGAUAAUCUACACAUUGUAUAUGCAAAAGCACUACAACCAUUUAUACAUGUUGUAGCACUACAACCAUUUAUACAUGUUGUAACACUACAACCAUUUAUACAUGUUGUAACACUACAACCAUUUAUACAUGUUGUAGCACUACAACCAUUUAUACAUGUUGUAGAAACACUGAAAAGUGCCACCUUACCAACUCCCCACCACCUUACCAACUCCCCACCACCUUACCAACUCCCCACCACCUUACCAACUCCCCACCAAUUUACCAACUGCCCACCGUUACCAAUUGUUCAUUUAUCAAAUGAUUUAACUCAAAAAGUUUUUUGAUAUGAUUAGAUCACUUUGACGUUUAUCUUUUGUCGACUUUAUAAUAAGGAGAGCUAUGUAUAACAAAGUAUUUUCAGAUUUAUUCGAUAAAUACAAGUACCAAGUCUUGGAGAAAACAUGAUCUUUUGGGACAAAAUUAUCUUGUCAGAGUUGUUAACACAGUUGUACCAAUAUUAAGUUACAGACACAGUAAAAACAAAUGAUAAAUUAUAUAUAUAUAUAUAUAUCUGGCAAAUAAAGGGCUUCAGUAGGUCCUGGAUAAUAGGAUUUUGACCAAAGUUGCCUUUGUGACAACACAUUUGUUUGACAUGACGGUUGGAAAUUUUGUAUUCUAAGGAAAAAUCAAUCAAUUUCCUGAAUUUAAUAAAAGAUCUGAAAAGACUCUAAAAUGUUCAUGUAAGUGUUCAUCUAAGAUUUUUUUUUUUUGGUAAAAAAUCAGAAAAAACUCUUAAAUGUUCAUGUAUGACUAUCUUACAGUAAAAGAUCAAAGAAAAGUCUAGAAUGUUUAUGGAAGACUAUCUAAUAGGGCAAAAGAUCUAAGAAUUGUAUAAACUUACAACCUAUUCUUUUUCACAAAUUUGCAUCAAUGGCCGUGACGUCACAUUUUUCGCACGAUUUUCGGAUUUUUUUCAUAGAGGUAUGAAAAAAAUCUCAACCAAUCAGAAAGCUACAUUCUACAUACAAACAAUGGAAAAUUAAUUAUUCCAACAGGAAUCCAACUCGCUCAUUCCUAGCAGAGGGUAGUGGUAUAUCCCAGAAUUCCUCUGUGCCCUAGGUGCAGAGGGAAUACUCGAGUUCUCCAGAGUGUACUUUGUGUAUGAAUAUAUUCCUAGUAUUAUAACGAAUCUUAACAGUGAUUGUAUAUGAUUGAAGUGAACACAGAUUUCAGACACAUAAGUACCAGUAGAAAUUCAUGUUGGCAAAUUUUUAUUCAAUUUACUCUUAACAGGAAUAGAUUUCCAGGGUAAAAUUUUAUAGUCCCAAUUAACUCUUAUGAAAUUUUUGGAAGAUAUUUAAUUAAAUAUUUUUUCUCCAAGCAUAAUAUUUCCUUUUCCUGAACCCUGUGUACUUGUUGGCGAUUCACCAAUAAUGUUUUUGAUCGAUGUACUUUUUUUUCUGUCCAAGCCUACAUCUGUAGUUAGAACUCUUUGUUAUUGAUCAGAUUGUAAUAUGGAAGAUGGUUCUAAAUUUCAGAGCCAUCAUCCUCAGAUUUCAGCAUAAGAGAUUGAGAAUUUUUAUGAAAGCAUUUCAAAUGAAAUGGGAAAAUUAUGUUCAAUUCAUCAAUGUUCUGAAACAUUUCUUUAAUGCAGUGAAUGGUAAAAUUCAAAUUUGGAAAAUUGUACGUUGAUUUGAGGUCUGCAUGAAAUGUAUUGAAAAUUGUAAAUCUAGUAAAUAGAUAUAGAACGUAUUUUUCACUAUGGUUGAUUAGUCAAAGUUAGAUCUAUUAAUCAUCAGUGAAAUUUAAUCAGAACAAUAUUAAAUUACAUUUAUUUAUUUACAUUUUGUACCAAUAUUAUAAUUUCAUGUUUUGGAAUACCAUUAUUUGUCUAUAUAAUAUAGAUUUCCUGUUAAUACUAGAUUUACAUAUACACAAAUGUAACUGUAUAUUAUUUGGAUUUUCAGUAUUAUCUGACAAGAUCAUUUUCAAUUGUUGAAAAUUGGUGCUUAAAUCACCAGUAAUGAUUGAAUUCGACACAAAUGCAUUGGUCACAUAAUCUUAUAUCUGUAUGAUUUUUAAAAAAGCUCUCAAGCUUCCUCGCCGAGAAGCUCAAGAGUAAUUGCCCAUUUAGACCAUCUUGUUUGUAUUUAUUAAGCUUAUAUACAUUUUAGUUGUAAAACCAUAUAUACAUAUGUUGACAAUCUAGCACUUUUUCCCAGUUCUUUUUUGGGUCCAAUUGAUGUUCUUUUCUGUCACUUUGAAUGUUUAUUUAAAUCUUAUAAUUCUGUGUGUGAUUUUUUACUAAUCUGGUGUGCUAUUUCUUUAUUGGUAAUGGACAUUUGUAUUUAGUUACUGUAUUUAACUAGUUUUUUACAGAUUUUUAUAAGUUUUUUUUUUUAAAUUAAAGCAUAUUAAAUCACUACCAGUCGAAUUUGUUUAGAUUCCCACCUAAUGAUCAAUGGAUUUAAAGUGAACUUGACUAGUCUUUGACUCUGUUGUCAUCGCAGCAGAUGUCACAUGGCAAAGACAUUCUGUGAUAUUUCCUUUUUUAAUUUAUAUGUAUAUUGUUUUACUUCCGAGGGAUAUUGACAAUUUUACAGAGUUUUAAGAUAGAAAGUUUUUGAAAUAUGCAUCGUGCAGUUUCAUGUUCUUUUUAAAAAUCUCCCCAGGAAUGUUUGAAUAGGGAAAAUCUGAAGGAAGAGCCAGAAUACCAAAGAAAAAAUAGGGAAAUCUUCUGUCAGAGCCAGAAUGCCAAUGAGAAAUUAAAUAGGAAAAUGUUUAGGAAGAGUGUGAAAGAUAAUAUGAAUUUCCAUGUUAUCGUCUCUCAGAAAUCCUGGCAUGUUUGUAAAUAUAUUGUUUUUUCUUUGUGUACAUGUGUAGUAAACAGUUGUACAGUAUAAUAUGUCUACCUAAGAUUUUUUACUAUUUUUAUUAUCUUUUUCUACCUCCAGCAACAAUAUAUUUUUAUAUAUGUAUGUCCAUAUUUUGACCAUAAUCGCCACUAAAUGUUGCCAAGUAACCAUUCUUGACCAAACAGAAACCCGAGGCGUGUUCAUGACAAUCAGCACUAACUGAAACACUUGUGUGACAAGGUAUCGACUAUUCUGAAUGUUUACGUUCAAAAUGGCGACCUCCAGUGUAAAUGACAGUUGUUUGGUUAUUACAGUAAAAAUUCACCACUAGGGCACAAUCAUUAUUCAACAUAAUUCUUCCUAAUGGAAUGUCGAUAAUUUAGGGCUUUGUUUUUUUUACGAACUUUUUGGGUGUAAUUCUCUCAACUUUUUAUUGUCAACCUCAACUUGAUGAUAGACAGCUCGGUGUGUAUAGGUACACGUGCACUCGGGAAUGACGCUGACGUGACACGAUUGUUUGCAUUCAGAACGCACCUCGGGAGCACGUUUAGAAUAAAACAUUACACUGAUUUAUAGUGCUUUUAUAUUCGACAAGAAAAAUGUUUUUAUUUUUCAUUUUCCAAACGUUUUGCAUCAUUUAAAAGUUUGGAAGUUAAACAUGGCCGAUAAAAUGAUACCAUGGAUAUCCGUUCACUUGUGCUGGUGGAACCGUAAACAAAAUUACAACAAAUAAUUUUUGUCCUUCUAUUACAAUGAUUUUCCUUGGCAGUGAAGAAUUCACAGUCUUAAGAAAAUAUUGUUAACAAGAAUAAAAUGUUUUUAAAGGAUAAAUUUUAUACUGACCUUAAAACUUAAAGGAUUUAUAUAAAUAAAAUUACAAAUGUACUCACAAAGCUUCUUGAUAUCUUGGUAUUUUAUACUAAUAGUAAGAUAGCUAUCUUUUGAGUGGCCACCCCAGUUAAAAAACAACUGCUUUUGUGAUUCGUUUGUUAUCCACUUGUCUGGGGGAGAUGAUAAAAAAUGUCCAAAAUUUCUCUAUUUUCUGUUUUUCCCAUAUGUCACAUUUUGUCGAGUUGAAAUUCCCAAUUCAAUGGACCCUGGGGCGAGUUGAAAUAUUGUAGGAAAAUCCAUGGACAGUUAUUUUGCAACUGUGUGAAUUGUACAUGUACAGAGUACAGUAAUUUUUGAAAACAGGUUAAAGUUAUCAGUUUGAACAUUGAGUGAAGAUAAAAGUUGCAAUAAUUCCAUGAAUAUGUAAGAAAUGAUAAUAAAUUUAAGAACCAGUACAGUAGUGUUAUAACUGUUUAUAAAACCUUUGCCUAUUGUUAUAAAUUAAAACCCUUUGCCUAUUGUUAUAAAUUAAAACACUUUGCCUAUUUUUAUAAAUUUGAAAAUUCAUAUCCCAACAUAAUGUGCUGGUUGUCCUGUAUCUGUUUAUAGAAAGACACUCUAAACAUGCAAGAAAAAUUCUAUAAUUUUGUUGAAUUUUUUGCCUGAAAUAAGGUUGUCUGUAGUAUGCGAAUUUUCUGUGUACUUGUCAACUCAGUACUUUUGCUAUUUAACAGGGAUAUUUUUCCUGUUUUUAUACAUGAAUUAUCAAAUAAAACGUUUUUUUUUAUUAUUCAUCAUUUUCAAAUUAACUCAAAGUAGUUCAUCAGAAGCAGCAGCGUAAAAUAUGUUGUUUUAAUGUAGAUGUUUGUUGGGAAAAGGUCCAUGUCUAUAAAUGUUCUUUUGGAAGGUUUGAGAUUAUUUACAUGUAUGCAAUAUAAUGUUCACUCAUACAAAUACCAACAAGUUGGCAGUAAGUUAUUGUAUCAGUAAUUUGUUUUUAUUCUGGUUUUAUAAAGCAACUAUUAUAACCAUAUUGUCCAUAAUACUUCGAACCAUGACAGCAAUAAAACUCGUCCUCUU